AUGAAUGACGUGCUAAGAUUACCCAUCUUUUAGCUGAAUCUAAAAUGAAGUUGGUGUACAAAAAUAUCGAGAAGGAUGGUUCCGGAAAUAUCAGUCUCAUACCUGAAGAGUCCGAGGACAUGUGGCACGCAUACAACCUCAUUGCUGAGGGUGAUGCUGUUACUGCAUCUACAGUGCGUAAAGUACAGACAGAGUCUUCUACUGGAUCUUCCACCAGCAGCAGAGUCAGAACUACACUUACCAUCAGAGUAGAAAAUAUAGAUUUUGACACUCAAGCAUGUGUAUUAAGACUAAAAGGUCGAAAUAUUGUAGAAAAUCAAUAUGUCAAGAUGGGUGCAUAUCACACAUUAGAUCUGGAAUUAAAUAGGAAAUUUGUACUGCAAAAAACAAUAUGGGAUUCGGUGGCUCUAGAGAGGGUGGAUAUGGCUUGUGACCCAGCACAGAGUGCAGAUGUUGCUGCUGUGGUCAUGCAAGAAGGGUUAGCUCAUGUAUGCCUCAUAACCCCUUCUAUGACAUUGGUGCGAUCUAAGAUUGAUAUGACUAUACCAAGAAAACGUAAAGGUUUUGCUCAACAACAUGAAAAGGGCUUAAACAAAUUUUAUGAUGCUGUCAUGCAAGGAAUUCUUAGGCAUAUUGAGUUCACAGUUGUAAAAUGUGUGAUCAUAGCAUCACCAGGUUUUGUGAAGGAUCAGUUUUUUGAAUACAUGAUGCAACAGGCAGUCAAAACUGACAACAAGUUACUAAUUGAUAAUAAAAGUAAAUUCCUACUGGUGAAAGCUUCAUCAGGCUUCAAGCAUUCUUUGAAAGAGGUUCUUCAGGAGCCAAGUGUUAUUUCAAAAAUAUCAGACACAAAGGCGGCAAGCGAAGUGAAACUUUUAGAGAGUUUUUACACCAUGUUGCAGCUUGAGCCUGCUAAGGCUUUCUAUGGCAAAAAACAUGUGGAAAGAGCAAAUGAAGCGAUGGCUAUUGAAAUUCUUAUGAUAUCUGAUAAAUUAUUUAGGUGUCAAGAUGUUCAACAGAGAAAAGAAUAUGUGGCAUUGGUAGAUUCUGUAAGAGAGAAUGGUGGAGAUGUUAGAAUUUUUUCCAGUAUGCAUGUGUCAGGCGAACAGCUAGACCAAUUGACGGGGAUUGCGGCCGUUCUUCGUUUUCCUAUGCCAGAAUUAGAAGACAGUGAUGCUGAGGGCGACAGUGAUUCAGAUGACAACUAA